AUGGACGGUUUAGUUGGGCAGGCUGACUGGGAAGAUUGGCAGGUCUGGAGAACAGGCAGCCCUCUGCCGUCUGGGUACCAACAAUCACAGAGACCGAACGAGCAAGAGCGAUGGACUGAUGUUUCUACAAGCGUACACAUCCGAAACAUAGGAUGGCUGUCCGAAGAACACUCGAACCUCAGCACGACCAUAGAAUACAACCUUGCCUGGGUGGACCCGAGGCUUGGCGGCCUGACGGCGGCGUGGUUUCCCAUGCCCGCUGACCUGGCGUGGACUCCCCUGAUGUCGUUUGGCAGGAACGUCCGGCGGACUUCUGUUGUGGACCAGGGAAGCAAGUCGAACAGCGGGAUUUCCAUGUGGCUCCAUCCCAGCGGGACAGUGCUUUAUAGUAUAACUCGCGCCUUGAAGCUUACAUGUAGUGUUCAACUGUGGCGGUAUCCCUUCGAUUCACAAGUGUGCGGUGUACAAUUGCACGGAUGCUGUGAGUACUUCACGGAGAAGUGUCACCAUGACGUUGAACAUUGCCUGGCCGUUUCCUUGUGUAGCGAUGACCAAGUUUGUGAGCGGUGUAAGAGCAGUGUGGGACGGUGUUCACACAAACUUCACAGCUGUGACGAGAACAACGACUCGAAUGCUUACACAACACUGGAAGUGCGCAUCCAUCUCAAACGCCGCCUGUUGUCCUACUUCUUCACGACAUUCAUCCCGUCCACGACCAUAGUCAUCGUGUCCUUCUUACAAACAUGGCUGCCGCUCGUCCCAUCAGCCAUUGCGGGUCGGUUCGUGUUGGGGAUCUUUGCCGUUCUGGUAAUGAUAUCCGGACAGGACAUGAAACACAUCAUUCUACGGGUAUCAGAGGCGCGUGCAAUCGACAUUUGGAUCAUGGCGUGUGUCCUGUUCGUCACUCUGGCCCUCCUGGAGACAGUGGCUGUACACUUCAUUUACGACAAGCUGAAGAGAAAGGAAAAGAAGGCAUUAUUGGAGCGCACACCAUCUUUUCACAUUCCCCGGCCGCAGCUGAACCGCCCCCUGAACUCCUGGUGGUAUCGUCUGCCCAACAAACAAUGGAUGACCAUGUACAACCCUUACGUGCCAUCGCCUUCCAUACCUGUUCAGGUGGACAUGUCUGCUUAUGAGGACAAGAAGACGAAGAGCAAAUUCAAACCGCUUGUCAACAUCCCGCGCGCCAAGUUCCGGCAGCCGGGCAUUGCAUCAUGGGAGCAGCUUCCGAGCAACCGGUGGAAGGUCCAGCUGAACUACGGGUCCAGAGACCGUACCGGGGAACUCUGGGAAAAGGAAAGGCUGCCACGUUCCGAAGAGAUGACAGGAAAGAUAGAUCGAGCAGCAAGAAUAGCAUUCCCCUUUGCCUUCUUUAUGUUCAAUCUUUGGUUUUGGCUGUUCCAUUUGCUAUUCUGA